AUGUCGAGACUGCUGCACAUUGUUUUCCUCCUCGUCGCCGCCCUCGCCUUCUGCCUCACGGCUCAACAACUACACAAUGUCAACGACAUGGUUGCGGCCCGCGGCCUUGACCGUCAACAACUUCAACAACGAGAUACCAGCACCACAUCCGGCUUCAUCAAAGCCCAACGCCCAACAAGUGUGUGGGAUGCACCGCCAGCCGCGCAAGCAGCGGAGACGUCGACAGCUGGCGACGAGGACGAGGACGAGGACGACGCCAGCAUGAGCAGCCGCGAUACAAACGGCGGCAGUCUGACGGACGACGACGAGCUGCGUCCGACCAAAGUCAAGACGCCAGCGAUUGAGACGGUGCUGCCCACCAAUACUAAAGUGCCUGUGGCUGUGAGUGCGGCAAGCACGAGUCUGUCAGACCCUGGAUUCCUCGCGCUGGUCGCGUCUCUGGGGCUGAUGACGCUCGGGAUGGCCCUCGUUUGA